GUUCAACAGAGAGAAGAAGAAAAAAGGCCAAUCAGGUGAAAACAAAAAAAAAGAAGAAGAAAAGACAAGAGGAAGAAGAAGCAGAACAUGGAUCGUCCUCAAUUGUCCCCUGCAUAAGGCACCGAGUAAUGGCAGACUAUUAUUGUCAACCUCCUUAUUAGGUAGUGUGUUGUAUUGGGACAACAGGCUGGUACUUUUAGCAAGACCAAGGUGUUGUCAUAAGACUUGCCUCCACUAAACCAAACCUGCUUUCUGUCAUGCGCAACAAAGCCUUCCGUGGUACUUCCUACUCUCAUGUUUCAAAGAAAAAGACUCCUAUCCGUCGCAAGUCGAGUGCAUCUCCUCAUUCCCGGGCGGACGAUGAGCUCGCUAGACAGAAUCCAUUUUGGCCCCUAUGAGGUCACUGAGCAGGUCUUCCUGCGCACACCGCAUUCCUUCGCUCUCGUGAACAUCAAGCCUCUUCUGCCGGGGCACGUUCUCGUCUGCCCCAUCAAGCCGCAUAAGCGGCUCACCGAUCUCUCACUUCCAGAGGUCACUGACCUGUUCAGCACAACACAGCGCGUCCAGCGCAUGUUAGCACGGCACUAUUUCCGAUCCAGCCAGGGGCGCAAUGGCGCUCCAUCAGAGUCGUCUCAGCCGCCACCAUCUCCGGACGACGGCUCAUUUAACAUCGCCCUACAAGACGGCGCACGUGCCGGCCAGACCGUGCCUCACGUUCAUGUCCAUAUUCUCCCGCGUAUUCCUGGUGCAACGGACAAAGAUCCGGGACCAACCGAUGAGAUCUACGAGCAAAUGGCGCACGAGGACGGCAAUGUGGGUGGUGCUCUAUGGGAUAGGGAUGUGUCCAUGAAGGGCCGGCCGAAACCCGGUGGCCAAUUCCCUCGGAUCGAGGACAGUUCAAGACAGGCGAGAAGCUUGGAAGAUAUGGUCGCCGAAGCGGAUAUAUACAGGGCUGUCUUGAGGGACAUGGAGGAGCCCUGAAUGAGGAACGCGUAUCAUAUGGAGUCCCUUCGACCUCCCAGACGACCGCUUUUUGUUAUAGAC